AUGCGGCGAUGGCAGCGCGAAUAUGAGCGUGAUUGGCGCGACUAUACGCGACAAGUGAUUAAAGAUUGCUAUGGGAAAUAUGCAAUACAGUGUUUCUCAUCUAUUACUGAGGCCGAUGAACAUCAAUUACGAAAAGUUUUGCAAGCAGAAGGUAUUGCCCAUGUGCCUCCAAACCACAGUCGAUGGCAUGCGCCUAUCCCCUCGUCCCAGUCGUUUAUGGCCGCUUCAGAUGCUCAAGACUCGGUCAUAUCGGACGAAUCGUAUGUAUAUAGCACACCACCACCUCCAGACAGUCAGAGCAUGUUCCCAGCCUUCAGUUUGCAGGAUUUGGGGUCUCCAUCAACGUCUGGACGUCGAGUAAGUGCUUCGCAACGAUUAAAGCUGCGAACGACUGACAUGUCGCCCAUUUUAGAUAGUCGACGUACUUCUAUUGAAUAUACAGGGACUAUUUCGCCGUCUUUGGGAGCGGCCAAGUCACCCUGGACACUAGGACAAAGAUCGCCGAAACUGACUCAAAAGACUCGACGAACUCCACGGCGGUCACUUGAUUCAAGUUUUAGAGGUGACAAUGAUAAAAAACAAGUGGAUGAAGAGGAGAUGGAGGAUACGCAGAUGAUUCAUGUGUCGGACGUUUAUGAGGAAGAGAAGAAAGCUGCGGUCAUGCAAGAUGAUUGUGGAAAAGAUGCUGAACAAGAGCAGAAUAUUGACCGUGUAGAAGUGGCUGUCGACGAACAAGAUACAGCUGAGUGUCCGAUGGUGGAGCAUCAAGAUGAAGCUGAAGAUAUGAAUGUGUCCAAGGAGUUGGACUUUCGCAGCGAUAUUGAGGACAAGGAAGAAGACAAAGAAGAAAUGAAGGAACAGAUCGAUGGAGAUGUUUUGGUGGAGCAAGAACAAGUAAAUGCAGAUACACCAUUCAGUAUUGAUAUUUGCGGUAAAUCUGUGCAUGGAUCAUUGCCAGCGGAAACCGAAAAACCUGUAUGGGCUUCUGAACAUGACUUUGAGUUUCUUGAAAGAGAAAAUGAACGCGACAGCGUGAACCAACAACUUUCAAUUGAAGAACAAGAUGUUGAGAUACACGAACUAGCACAGCCUGAACUGGAAAGUUUCCCUUGUUUUCCUGGUCCAAUUCGGACCACUGAAGAACCAACUGUGGAAGGUGUCACUUGUCUUGCAAAGCAGCAAGAGAUUCCUGCCGAGUCAACUGAAAUGUCGAUUGUCGCUGCAACUAAACGCAAUAGUGUAUCAAGACAAAAAUACUCUGUGUCGACAAGACGGUCAACUAUGUCCUCACCGGCACUAUCCUCGUCUUCGAAGAGGAAAUCCGAUACAUGUCCUACGGCCUCGUCAGAGCGACAAACAUCUGACAGAACACCUGCAGAUUCGUCGGCUAAGAGACGAACAUCCGCCUUACCCACGGCAUCAUCAUCUGCAAGAAGAACAACGUUCGAUCCCCCAACAGCUCCAUUAGCACGAAAAGCUUUGCAUGCAUCCCCCGCACCUCCACCCACAGCGCAAAUCUACCCGACUGCCCCAGCAUCUUCCAGGUCGGCGUUAUCGCAAAAGCGCGCAAAUCGAGGUGCGUUAUUCCGCACAAAGCUGCCGCUUCAAAUGGAGUAUCGUUUUGCUAGCGACGAGCGUCGACGUCGCAGGCGCCGAAAGUCUCUAGCAGCGAAGCCAAGUGUAUUUCCGUAUAUUGUUCCGGAACUUCUUGUUGAACUGCAACCAUACCAAAAACAGGCACUGGAUUGGAUGCUGGAAAGAGAGAAGAAACCUCGUGAUCCUAUUGCGAUGGAUCAGCAAUGCCGUGAUGAAGCGACCGCUCUUGACGCUAUAAUUGCGAAGAUUUGUGGCGGAGUGCUGGCCGAUGAGAUGGAUCUUGGUACGACAGUAUGCUGCCUUGCUCUCAUAUGUGAAUCUCUGCGUCAGGCCCGAGCGUCAGAUGCUCAGGCAAGAAGCGGGACUGGCUGUACUGUACCUCGGUUAACUCCUCCAACCCUUAUCGUGGCACCGUUGUCUGUUCUAUCGCAGUGGAAACAAGCGAUUCAAGCAAAAACAAACUUGAGCGUGGUGACGUAUCAAGGUGUUAAACGCAAGAACUUUCGCUCAGCCACGCAGUUCAUGGGAGCUGACAUUGUCCUUUCGACCUACGACACCCUUCGGCUUUUAGAGUGUAAGGUCCAAAACAAAGACAGUGACCAUGAUGGCGACAAAGAGAAUGGCGAUGGAACUGGUGCAGACGAUGGGUGGCAUCAAGCGCCACGGCUUACUCCACGUUCCAAGAAGUCUGUGGUAACAUCAAAGCUGCACCAAGUGCAGUGGUUUCGAGUAAUCCUAGAUGAGAGCCAUCUGAUUGCAAACGCUACAUGUGGACGAGCGCGAGCUGUGUUUACACUUAGCAGCAAACGUCGUUGGUGUGUAACCGGACCAUCAAUUCAAAAUCGCACGGUGGACCUAGCAGCGCUGCUGCAAUUUGUUGGACUUGGUGACCAUGCUCAUACUCUUUCAAAGCGAGAACUUGUACUAAUGCUUCGCGUAGUGAUGCAUCGACUCAAAUCCACGGUAGAGACGCGUGCAAGAGCCCCUAUCUUGGAGCUCCCCGAAAAAAACUGA